AUGGGUGAGGAAGUGAAACAGGAACCACCCAAAGAAGAGUCGAAGCCAGAGGAAACUCCGGUAGAAGAGAAGAAAGAAGAGCAACCAGAGGAGGAAAAAGAGCCUAAACCACCAUCUCCAUGUGUGUUGUUUGUAGACUUGCAUUGUAUGGGAUGUGCAAAGAAAAUCGAGAAAUAUAUUAUGAAAAUUAGAGGAGUUGAGGGAGUGCUGAUUGACAUGGCUAAAAAUGAAGUAUUGAUAAAGGGAAUAGUGGAGCCUCAAGCAAUCUGCAAUAUUAUAACAAAGAAAACAAAGAGAAUGUCCAAAGUUAUAUCUCCAUUGCCUGAAGCAGAAGGAGAACCUAUACCAGAAGUUGUAACUUCUCAGGUUAGUGAACCAGUUACUGUGGAACUUAAUGUAAAGAUGCACUGUGAGGCCUGUGCUGAGCAGCUCAAGGGCAAGAUACUCAAAAUGAAAGGAGUCCAAAAAGUAGAGACAGAUCUUAGCACAGGGAAGGUUACUGUGACAGGAACCAUGGACGCAAACAAUUUAGUGGAAUAUGUCUAUAGACGAACCAAAAAGCAAGCCAAAAUAGUUCCACAGCCAGAACCUGAACCAGAACCAGAAAAGAAAGAAGAAGAGAAACCAGCUGAAGCAGAAGAAGCUAAACCAGAAGAAAAGAAAGAAGAGGGUGGUGAAGAAGAUAGUAAGAAUGAAAGUAAAGAAGUAGAGAAUGGAGUUGAUGAUGAGGAAGGGAUGAUGAAGAGGAUGAUGUACUAUAACUAUUACCAACCAUACUAUGUGGUUGAACGAAUGCCACCACCACCUCAACUGUUCAGUGAUGAAAAUCCAAAUGCAUGUUGCAUUUCUUAA